AUGAAUAACCAAAGACGAACCAAUCCCCACCCAGUGACCAUCAAAAUUUUUCAGGCAAACGUGGACAAGGGAAAGGAAGCCCACAGCGCCGCCCUCCAGCUUGCGUUUCUGGAGGGCUAUAACGUGGUAAUCAUACAAGAACCAAACACGUCCUACAACAAGCAGAAAAAGCUCUGCCGUACUCAGUAUCACCCUGGCUUUCUUUGCUUUAGUCCGGUCGACUCUUGGCACAACAACGACACACGCCCACGCGUGAUGACAUACGUCAAAAUCGAUCGCAAGAUCCAAGCUGAACAGAUCACACCAGCAAAACACCGGGACCUUCUGUGGGUUAGAGUGAACGGAAUCACUAUCCUCAACCUCUACAACAGGCCGGAGGUGGAGAGCACACUGCAAGUCCUAGAAGAAUGGACUCCACCAGAGAACUGCGUAGUCGCCGGCGAUGUGAACGCCUUCCACACCACCUGGCAGGCAGACCGACCAGCCACGCAAGAUGGGAACCGCAUCCACGAAUGGACGGAUAGACACGACCUGCAUCUGUUGAAUGAGCCUGACGAGGCAACAACCAUGGCCAAGCGUAAGUCAAGAAGCAGCACAAUCGACCUGGUCUUCUCAAACAUGCCUGAGGCGUCCGCCACGGUGGAAGUCCACCUCACGACAGGAUCCCUCCACUACACCAUUGGAAUCGAGAUCCCAAACCGGGAACCAGCCCAGACCACACCAGGAAAAGUCAGAGUAACCACGCCAGACGAGAUCAAGGCUUUUGGAGACCAUGUAGGCAAGGCGGUGAAGUCACUACCUACCGACAUAAACUCGGAAGCUCAGAUCGAGGACAUGGCCAGACGGCUCCAAGAGAUCCUCCAGAACUCUGCCAGGGCAUGUGGUAGGGUAAGCCGCGGUCGCCGCGCACGAAGCUGUCCAUGGUGGAACCAAGAGUGCAAGGACGCACACGACGACCUUCGUAUUACACGACGCAUCUACGAGAACCAAAGAGGAGAGGAAGUGCAACGGGCCAGGGUCAGGUUCUGCCGCGUCCUAAGACGCACAAGGCAGAAAUUCUGGCGCAAUACUAUCAACGAAGUAACUACGGCGGAAGGCGUAUACAAACUCACCAGAUGGAUGAAACCGAGACAACGACUUCAACCCCCGCCGAUCCAAGUGGGCGACAUGACUUACUCUACCGACGCGGAGAAGGCCAUGGCGCUACGGAAAGAGAAACUGGAACGCCGCGACGCGUCAGACGACAUCGCCGAUGGAUGGCAACCAGCUGCCAGCCCUACCAAGGAGAUCCCAUUUGCGAGAACGAUCCCGAUCAAAGAGGUCGAGAAGGCUGUCCUACACACCGGAAACACAACACCCGGCUCGGACGGAAUCACAACCAGGAUGCUACAGGCAGCCUGGCCACAUAUCGGCCGACCAGUCACGACACUGUACAAUGCCUGCCUACGGCUCGGUCAUCACCCUAGCGUCUUCAAGACUGCGGAGGUUGUCAUGAUCCCGAAGCUCAACAAGCGGAACCUCAGUGAGGUGUCCACAUGGCGACCGAUAUCACUCCUCUCCUGCCUUAGCAAAGGAUUAGAACGGGUGAUUGCAAGGAGAAUGGCAUACGCCGCCAUCAAAUAUGGCAUCCUUCACCCAAACCAGGCUGGAGCGCUGCCGAAGCGGUCCGCCAUAGACAUUGUGGUUUCCCUGAUCUAUGAUAUAGAGAAAGCACUGGCAGCCGGCCAGGUGGCAACUCUAGUCACGGAAGAUGUCAUGGGCGCUUUCGAUGCAAUCCUCCGCAACCGCAUGAUUCUUCGCCUACGACAACAGGGAUGGCCGGACUUCCUGAUCCGCUGGAUAGCGAGUUUCUUGCUAGACAGACUAGCCAGUGUGCGAUAUCAAGACACGACCACACCCAGCGCGAGACUACGGUGCGGCCUUCCUCAAGGCUCCCCCAUCUCCCCGAUACUCUAUAUUUUGAUCACAGCGGCAAUCUAUUACCUCUCGGGCGCGGCCCAGAGAUACGGAUAUGCAGACGACACGGCGAUGCUCUUCAUCGGAGACUCGUUGGAGGACACAGCGAGGCAAGCAAACGAAGCAAUCGCGGCCAUGGAAUCCUGGGGAAGAGGCGAGGCAAUUCACUUUGACCCGAAAAAGACAGAAGUCAUGCACUUCUCUAGACGCAAAGCAGACCACAACCAAUCUCCCGUUAUCUACCACGGCGACAAGGAGAUACGGGCAGCGGCAUCCAUGCGGUGGCUCGGCAUCUGGCUUGACAAGAAACUCACUUUCAACCACCACGUUGAUGAGUGGACGCAGAAGGCUCGCAGGGUGAUAAACCACCUCCGAGUUAUGAAUAAUACGGUGCGAGGCAUGUCAGCAGCAGCGGCCCGUCGAGCAGCAUGGGCUGUGGCUAUGCCAACUCUAUUCCAUGGAUUAGAUGCUUGGCUGCCUGGCGUGGAUACAGGCAACUCACGCUUUAAAAGAAACCACAUCUCGAAGACAAACCUCAGCAAAAUACAACGCGUACUAAAUCUCGCCUGUAAGAUGAUCCUACCUAUGUGGAAGACGACACCGCUAGAAUUUCUCUGGAAAGAAGCGGGCAUCCCGCCCGCGAACGUCCUACUUCGACAUAUCCAGGAACGCGUAGCGGUCCGCUACGCUACACUGGAUAAAGCACACCCAAUCAGCAAACGGCUGCGGCAGUCGCAGAGAGAAAUCGAGCUGAAUGAGAAACCACUCAUCGCGGAACGAAUGGCGCUGCGGCAUUCGAGGCUCCUACGGACUUCAUCCCGCACUCCUAAGAUCGAGCGACCAAGACUCAUCCCACAGAGAUUCUCUGACAACGUACAAGUAGAAGGGCCAGGAGAAAGGCUCACCAAAGAGAAGGCCGUAACAGAAUUCGAGCAGUGGCUCGCCUGUCGACCCGCGGGCUAUAUAGUCUUCAGCGACGGCUCCAAAACAGACACUGACACGGCCGGAUACGGCUUCGCCGUAUUCUACCAUGGACAACUUCUGGAUUGGGGUUCCGGACAGCUGGGACGACGAGAAGUAUUCGACGCCGAAGUACACGGCGCGCUUGCUGGACUGAAAGCGGCCAUGCAACAGAACAGCCGCCUCGAGCCGAUCACAGUCUGCAUGGACAACACGUCCGUGAUCGACUGCAUCGGAGCGACAGCGGCAGACUCUUCGCAAGCCUACUUCCGAGAAUUCCAAAAGAUCGGGGACAAACACCCAUAUCUGAUCUCAGUCAAAUGGUGCUUCGCGGCAUGGGCGUCAGUGGAGAUGGCUGAGACAGGCCAGCAAACUCAGAGAACGACGUCAAUUCACAAGUACGCCGCUGCCAUGGAAGCGAGCGCAGAAAAAGAGCGCUGCACGACGAAUGAGAUAUUCUAUGCUCCCUGCCCUUUUAAAGUCACCCGGAUUAUGGCAGUUGAUGAACGCCUGCAGCGACGCGACAGUGCUAAGCGAGGCCAACAUGAGGGCCUUUUGCAAGAUUCCCCGUUCAAACCGCAGGGCGCAUUCAAAACACGCCGAUCUAUGAGUGUCCUGUACUCCAUAGAGCCUCAAGAUGCAUGGUUUGACCUAUCGCGCUACAGAAGUUUCGUUCUUAAUGAUGCAAAGCACGUUGUCGGUGAUUUCGUGCACGUCGAUAAUGGUUCUCCCGAUAACUGGGUUGCAAAAAUUCUUGAGAUCCGUGCCUCCGAUGAGCGUCAUGUUUACGCGCGAGUGUACUGGAUGUAUUCUCCUCAUGACCUACCCGCCAAAGCUGGCCGCAACCGUGGACAUGCCGUAGAGCAUUCACAGUUUUAUGGCCGCGACGAGAUGAUUGCAAGCAACCACAUGGAUAUCAUCAGCGUUUUGAGCAUCAUUCGCGGUGCAGUGGUGCAGCAAACGUACGGUGAACAUGAUGACGCCAAGUCGCUCUGUCUAUAUUGGAGACAAGCGUUAGACUACCCAACUCAAGAGUUAUCGUCGAUCAAUGCAAUCCAUGAACACAUUAAUCAAGCCCAUGAAUCGGCUCCUUCUGGGAAAGUUGUACGCGAUGAGCCGCCAUCAAUACCCGAGAAACAGACCUCCCAGCAAGGCAGACUGAAGGAAGGGCAGCAAAUACCUACUGUGGCAGAUGAGGCGCAGCUCAUGCAGAUUGAUAUAAGCAACAGCGGAAGGAUCCACAGAAGACAUCGCCGUCGCUGCUGGGGACGUCGUCGCAAGAAUACCGGGAUGUAG